GGCGCGGCCACCACUGACGGGUAGUCGGACGCCCCAGCAGGCCGAGGAUGCAGCGCUGGAAGGCAGCGGCCUUGGCCUCAGUGCUCUGCAGCUCUGUGCUCUCCAUCUGGAUGUGUCGGGACGGCCUGCUCCUCAGCCACCGCCUCGGACCGGCGUUAGCCCCGCUGCGCCGGCCACCUCGCACCCUGGAUGCCCGGAUCGCCCGCCUGGCCCAGUACCGUGCCCUGCUGCAGGGGGUCCGCGCGCAGCCCUGCUGCCGUCCGACGGCCUACGAGGACGAAGUGUCUUUCCUGGACGCGCACAGCCGCUACCACACGGUGCACGAGCUGUCGGCGCGCGAGUGCGCCUGCGUGUGACCCUACCUCACCGGUCCCGGCCAGGGGGCGGCCGCGUACCCAGCCCCGAAGGCACCCACAGCCGCGACCGUCGGACCCGCCACAGACUGCCCGUGCGCAGAACCUGCCGUCGAGGCCUCGGGACACUUGCGAUAACUGUACAGAGAUAAAGUGUGGAAAAUCGA